AUGGCAGAAUUGAUGAACGACAACAGCCCCUGCAUACAUCUUGGUCUUGCAGUUCCAGAUCAGUUUCAGCGUUCUAGAUCGUUCAACCUUCACUUGGCUACACCAAGUUCAGUUCGUCGCUCAUUUUGGGAGGUUCCGACUGGACGAAGAGAUGGAAGAGUGCCAUUAGCCUCAGAGGCCAACAGGGGCUUACCUUCUCCUUUUGCUGACAUAACUCAACUCAAAGCAGCAUUUGCUGCCAAGGGUUUAAGUGCUAAAGACCUAGCGGUUCUGUCAGGAGGACACACAAUCGGCAUAUCUCGCUGCCUGUCCUUCAUGAAUCGCUUGUAUAAUUUCACCGGAAAUGGUGAUACAAACCCAAAAUUGGACAAAAAUUACAUAGCUCAGCUGAAGACAAAAUGCAAGCCAGGGGACACAACUAGCCUCGUUGAGAUGGAUCCUGGAAGCUUUAAACCUUUGAUGAAGAUUUCUACAAUCUUGUCGCUAAAAGAAGAGGACUAUUCCAGUCUGACUCGGCUCUUCUUGAUAACAAUGAGACAAAAGCCUAUGUGA